GCAGGUGCUGUCCUUGGCUGCAGUUGGUUCAGUGUCAGUGUCAGUCGGCCGGUGACUGGCCAGCGAGCAGGAUGGGAGACCUGCUGUCCGCGGUAACCACGGCGGCUCUUGGGCUGCUUCUGGCUCUCCUCACCGGGUUACUGAUAAGGCAUCUUCUCACCAAGCACUCCCGGAGCCUCCCGCCUCCCCCGUGUAUUCGCGGCUGGAUCCCCUGGCUUGGGGCAGCCUUGGAAAUGGGAAAGGCUCCCCUUGAGUUUAUUGAAAGAGCCAGAGAGAAGCAUGGCCCAGUGUUCACCAUUUUGGCAGCUGGCAACAGACUGACCUUUGUGAAUGGCGAGGAAGGUGUAACUGCUUUCUUUACAUCCAAGAAACUGGAUUUCCAGCAAGCUGUUCAAAAACCCGUUCAGUACACAGCUUCCAUUGAGAAAGAAAACUUCUUCAAAAAGCAUAGUGCCAUUCAUGAGACAUUAAAACUGCAACUGUCCCAGAAACGACUUGAGCCGCAUGUAACAUGUCUGUGCCGUGAAUUCUGCUUCCACCUCCAACAGCUGGGUUCCCAAGGAACAGAUGAACUCUACAGUCUAGUAAGACAGGUUAUGUAUCCAGCGGUGGUGGACACAUUGUUUGGGAAAGGAACGUGUCCCACCAGCAAGGAUACUCUGAAAGAGUUUGAGGAUCAUUUCCAGAGGUUUGAUGACGGCUUCGAGUAUGGCUCACAAUUACCAGAGUGCUUUUUAAGAGAUUGGUCUCGGUCCAAGCAAUGGCUUUUGAAGUUAUUUAAGACUAUUGUAGCUGAAGUUGAAGGUAGAGAACCCUGUGAAGACGAUGCAAAGACCUUGCAUCAACACCUUCUGGACACUCUAAAGGGUGUUUCCACCUACAACAAUAGUCUUCUACUUCUCUGGGCAUCGCAAGCAAAUGCAAACCCUAUAACAUUUUGGACACUCGCCUUCAUUAUUUCCAGUCCUGUAAUAUACAAACAUGCAAUGGACGAAAUCUCUUCUGUGUUUGGUGAAGCAGGUAAGAAAACGUUAUCUAUAACAGAAGCUGAUUUGAGGAAACUUCCGUUCAUUAAACAUUGCAUACUGGAGGCAAUACGGCUGCGAUCCCCGGGGGCAAUCACAAGGAAAGUGAUAGAACCACUGGAAAUCUACAAUUUCCAGAUUCCUCCAGGGGACAUGUUGAUGUUGUCCCCAUAUUGGCUUCACAGAGAUCCGAAGAAGUUUCCCGAGCCGGAAGCAUUUAGGCCAGAACGCUGGAAAAAAGCUAAUUUGGAGAAGAAUGUUUUCUUGGAUGGCUUUGUAGCAUUUGGCGGAGGAAAGUAUCAAUGUCCAGGAAGAUGGUUUGCACUAAUGGAAAUACACAUGCUGGUGAUUUUAAUGCUGUCCAGAUAUGAAUUUCAGCUUCUGGACCCUUUUCCAAAACAGAGCAAUCUUCAUCUAGUUGGGACCCAGCAGCCUGACGGGCCGUGCCGCGUUACAUAUAAACUGCGAGAAUGAAGAAACCACAAGAAGUGUCGUGACAAGAUUAUUAAGUGAAUUCCAGACAGAUGAAGAUGUAUCGAGUCUAACUCUAGUUUGUUACCAUCUUCAUUGACAGUUACUGCAGAUACCUGGACCUGCUUCUUUUUAAGGAGAAUAACCUUGUAAAUAGACAAAAUCACAAUCCUUAAGAAGAACUGUUAUCCACACUUUAAUUAAACCAGCAGACACUUGGCAAAGUCAACACCUAAAAGUACUUGAAAAGUCACUGAAUUUUUUUUUCUAACAAUUAACUAACAACAAGAAAAAAAUACGGAUCAGGUUAAUGACAUAUCUGUUAUUUAUUAAAGGGGAAUUGACACUUCCCCGGAUUUUUAAUACUAUUUUUAAUUAUGCCUAUAUUAAAUAAAAAAUAUAUUUGUGAGGUGUGAAAAAUAAAAUUAAAAGUAGAAAUCCUCACCUCUUUAUUCUGCAACUGGACGCCUCCAUCUAAGCUCCCUGUCAAUCAUCGUUAUAAGCUCCGCCCUUUGUACCUGGCAGUCAGCACAGAGAGAGACACCUCCAUCUAAGCUCCCUGUCAAUCAUCGUUAUAAGCUCCGCCCUUUGUACCUGGCAGUCAGUAUAGGGAGAGCCACCUCCAUCUAAGCUCCCUGUCAAUCAUCGUUAUAAGCUCCGCCCUUUGUACCUGGCAGUCAGUAUAGGGAGAGCCACCUCCAUCUAAGCUCCCUGUCAAUCAUUGUUAUAAGCUCCGCCCUUUGUACCUGGCAGUCAGUAUAGAGAGAGCCACCUCCAUCUAAGCUCCCCUUCAAUCAUCGUUAUAAGCUCCGCCCUUUGUACCUGGCAGUCAGCACAAAGAGAGCCACCUCCAUCUAAGCUCCCUGUCAAUCAUCAUUAUAAGAACCGCCCUUUGUACCUGGCAGUCAGCACAGAGAGAGACACCUCCAUCUAAGCUCCCUGUCAAUCAUCGUUAUAAGCUCUGCCCUUUGUACCUGGCAGUCAGUAUAGAGAGAGCCACCUCCAUCUAAGCUCCCUGUCAAUCAUCGUUAUAAGCUCUGCCCUUUGUACCUGGCAGUCAGUAUAGAGAGAGCCACCUCCAUCUAAGCUCCCUGUCAAUCAUCGUUAUA